CACAUAAUUAGAAAGUACCGACUGACUGCCUCUGCACCAAUUCCUUUGUGUUUGCACGUUUCCUAAAAGAUUUUGCCUUUUCUCUGUCUUUGGACAAAGAAAGACGUUCUCUCUCUUUCUCUUCCUUCAUCAUCAAGCAUUUCUUGAUUGGUGAUAUGUGACUUGGAAUAGAGAGAGAGAGAGAGAGAGAUCGAACUCACAGAGCCGGGGAGAUCGACGCCCGACACGAUGAUGCUGCAGCGAGCUGCGAGCAAUGCGUAUUCCUGGUGGUGGGCCAGUCAUAUCAGGACCAAGCAAUCGAAAUGGCUCGAACAGAACCUUCAAGAUAUGGAGGAAAAGGUGGCGAACACGCUUAAGCUCAUCGAAGAAGAUGGAGACUCCUUUGCUAAGAGGGCAGAAAUGUAUUACAAGAAGAGGCCUGAGCUCAUAUACUUUGUAGAGGAGUCAUUCCGAGCUUACCGGGCCUUAGCAGAGCGGUAUGACCACAUCUCGACCGAGCUCCAGAACGCCAACAACACAAUUGCCUCAGUCUUCCCUGACCAGGUCCAGUUUGAGAUGGAUGACGACGACGACGACAUCCCCAGGAGGACCCCAGAGAACCUGAAGCCGAACAUCCCCAAGGUCCCAAAGGCCCCCAUCAAGGAUCUCAAGAGCAUCCUGUCUUCCGGUGUGAAGAAGCUGCGGUCCAAUAAGGCUGGGAAGAAAGCAAAUGCCCCAGCAGUUUCGAAAUCGGGCCUGACAAAGCCCGGGGCACUCGAGAAGAUUGACAAGCUCCAGAAGGACAUUCUCGCGCUGCAGACUGUGAAAGAAUUCGUGAAGUGUUCCUACGAGGACAGGCUUGCAAAAUAUUGGGAGAUCGAGAAGCAGAUUACUGAGCUGCAGGUGGAGGUCUCGACUCUACAAGAUGAGUUUGGGGAGGGAAUGGUCAUUGAGGACGAUGAGGCUCGUAGCCUAAUGGCCGCAGCGGCCCUAAAAUCGUGCCAGGAGACGUUGCAAGAUUUGAGGGAGAAGCAGAGGAGGUCGGCUGAGGAGGCAAAGAAGGAGCAAAAGAGGAUCAAGGAGGCUUGGCAGAAGUUCGAGUCUCUGAGGAAAGAGGUUGCUUCUGACCAGCAACCGGGUGAAGCAAAGCAGGAACACUCCCAGAAUGUUGACAUAUCAUUUGAGGAGUUAAACGAUAUGAAGGAGGGGGAGGAGCUGAAGGCAUUGGAGGAGAAGAUUAAGGAACGUUUCCAGGUGGGGCAGAAGGCAUCUCUGACAGUGACAGAGAUGGCUGAGAAGAUCGACGAGCUUGUGAAUAAAGUGAUCAGCCUGGAGACGGCGGUUUCAUCCCAGACCGCAUUUAUAGAAAGGCUAAGGACGGAGACAGAUGAUCUUCAGUCUCAGAUCCAGAUCCUCGAGGAUGACAAGGCGACUCUCAUCAAUGGUUCGGAUAGCGUGAAGACUAGAAUGAAGGAGAUGGAGGAGAAGUUAAGCGAUGUCCGGGAUCUAAAUGCCAGUGUCAAGGCCCAGAACCUCAAUCUCCAAACUCACUUCACUGAAGCUGAUUGCAACCUCGAGCAUCUUUCUGAGAAAGUGCAUUUUGUUAAACCUGAUGACGAGCAGGAGGUCGCCUCGCUGCCUAAGAAAACAGAACCACUGAAAAAACAUAAAUCUGGAAAUUCAGUUAAGGAACCUGCAGUUCUCAAGGAGCCGGGAGUCUCGGGUUCAACACACAAAAAAGAGUCUGCAGAGCAAAGAGAAGUGCCAAGUCCGAGUGCUGAUUCCACCGAAGUUGUUAAUGUUAACACACAAGUAAGCGAGCAUGUGGUUAAACCCGCUGCGCAUAUCGAGGAGACGAAUCCCUCUCCUCCCAAUUGGAAGGGCGGGCCCAAUGACUUUAGUGACAAUUCUACUGAGCCGCAACGACAGCACGAAGUCAAGGAACUGAGUCCAUCCCGGACAUCUAACAGUUCCUCCCAGUUGGCGGCACAAAAGCAGGAUAGAGAUCCCGAAGAACCGAAUUGGCAGGAAAUGUUUAUGAAAGGGAUGGAGAAUCGGGAGAAGACUCUGCUUGCAGAGUACACCGCGACUCUCCGAAACUUCAAGGAAAUCAAGAGGAAGCUCGUUGAGGUGGAGAAGAAGAAUCAAGAUGGGACCUCCGAUGACUCGGCCGUGCAGCUGAGGGAACUGAAGAGCGCCAAUGCCACCAAGGACGAAGAGAUUCGAGCGUUGUGCGAGAAGCUCAGCCUUCUGCAGACUGUGGUAGCUGAGGGCAAGGAUGCAAAGGAGAAAAAUGCCUCGAGCAGUCAGAGUGAAACCUUGGAAACUGCAGCGAUGAAGGGACAUAUUGAAAUGGUUCUUGUUGAUCAGUCUUGCCUGACUUCAGAGAUCGAAGAGAAACUGAGAAUGGACAUUGAUCAGCUGCUGGAGGAGAACUUGGACUUCUGGCUCCGUUUCAGUGCCGCGUUGCAUCAGAUACAGAAGUAUGAGACAGCGGUUGAGGAUCUGCGGAGUGAGCUAUCGAAGCUAGAGGAGAAACGAAAGGAGGAGGGGAGUCGCUCCAGGGCAUUCUCCAUUAAGUCCGAUAUAAAGCCGAUAUACAAGCAUCUGAGCGAAAUUCAGACUGAGCUCAACGUUUGGAUGGAUAAGUGUGUCCACUUAAAGGAUGAGCAACAGAAGCGGUUCUCCUCACUCUGCAACAUCCAGGAGGAGAUCACAAAGGCCCUGAAGACGAGCGCCGAGGAAGAGGACUUCAGGUUCACGAGCUACCAAGCUGCCAAGUUCCAAGGAGAGGUCCUCAACAUGAAGCAGGAAAACAACAAGGUCGCGCAGGAGCUCCAGGCCGGGUUGGACCACAUAGCAGUGCUCCAGCUUGAGGUCGACAAGACACUUGCGAGGCUAAAUGAGGAGUUCGGCUUUGCAGGGCCAAACCCUCAGAAUCCCCAGCUUCCCCACUCAGGGAGCCGGAAUAGAGUCCCCUUGAGGUCAUUCAUCUUCGGUGUCAAGCCCAAAAAACACAGGUCCUCGAUAUUCACCUGCAUGACCCCAGCAAUGCAUAGGAAGUACAACGGCUUUAGAGCAGCAUUCUGAGCGUAGAUUGUGCAACUACCUCACCUAUUUUUCUUUAGUCAUAACAUUUUCUUUCUCGAUUCUUUCCUCUCUUUUUUUUCCCUUUUGGAUAGAUCACCGUGUGACAUUCACAUCGCAGUCUGUUCUGGUCAGACGACGGCAAAGGGAUUUGUUCAUUGAUUGUCUAAAAGACAGCAAACAACAGAUUCAGAAAUGUACCAUUCUGGAUGUAUUUACACCUUCUUCCAGAGAAAA